AUGAAAUUUAGAUUCGGUGAAGGUGCAGAAGGGACUCUCAACACCUCAGUCACCACAGCCAUGAUUGACCAGGAGAAACGAGCAGCCGAUUUGAAGCGACGGAAGAACCAGAUGCUUCUGUUUGGCGGAGCCACUCUGGCUACCCUGGCGUCUUGUCGACUGACUGCCCGGGGUAUUUCCAGCAGACGAUACAUUCCCAAGAUGUUCCAGGCAAACCAUAUGCCCCCACAGUCCGACAUGGUCAAGGAGGCCGCUAUGGCUGUCGUCUUUGCUACCACAAUGGCCUUGUCGUCCUUCAGUAUGGUGGUAUUUGGCGUGGCAUGGUCCCAGGACGUGACCUCGCUCAAGCAAUUCGCUCUCAAGAUGAAGACUAAGCUCGGAGCCCAGCAGAUUGAGGAUGAAAUCCGAAAUGCCCCCAUGACCCCGGAGACACAGGAUCUCCAGGACCAGCUUGCCGGCGCAUUGAAGAAGGAUUAA